UUCAAUAUUUCUUUAUCUUCAAUUUGAUUUACCUAUUUUUUUCUAUUGAUAAAUUAAAAACUCAGCUAUUAGACUUAAUGAAUCUAUUUGUUAAAAUAUUUGUUGAUUGUGGGGUGCUUACGUUUGAUGUAACAUUUGUUUGUGCAAUUUAAAUAGAACCUUGAGUUCAAGGUGUCUAGAAUUUUGUUAAUGCAUGAAAGUCUUCGACGACGAUCUACCGUCAUAACUAGAUAUAAAGUAAAGUAGCCUACAAAAAAGUAUACCUGGAUUACAGUAAACAUGGCAUCAUAUAGGAUAAAACUUUUAAAUUGUGUGAAAUUUACUAAUUACUGUUGAUCUGACAUCGUUGUACAAAAUUUACUGGAUACAUAGAAUCUAUACUCAUUACAAAGGCAGCAUUGAUAUUAACCAUGCAUCUUUCAAAUCACUUGUUUUUAUGGAAAUACUUUAAAUCUCAUCAAUUCUGUGUUGGUUUGGUGUUAUGGAUUUUAUCACAUAUAGCUGAAAGUACACAAUGUCCAUAUGGCUGGUUAGACUAUCCAGGAAGUACAUCUUGUUAUUAUAUCACAGACUAUCAAGUUCGUUACAACUAUGACAUGGCUUCAGACAGAUGUAAAGCGUUUGAGUCUGAUCUUAUUAUGAUAGACUCAAAGAAAGAAUUGGAAUGGCUUCUACAAGAACUAAGAAAAAGAGGGGCCCAGGGGUUGCCUCCCAAAAUAGCUUGGUGGGUUGGGCUAGUAGACAAAGGUAAAGGCGCACAGUUAAUGAAUGGAUCAAACAUCGAUACUUCUUUCUUAGCAGUAAUUUCUUCUUCGUCACUAGGAACAACAUGUGGUUCAGUGUCCAACAGGUCGAUCUUAAUGACAAACUGCACUGCUUGGAUGGGCUUCAUUUGUGAAAGAGACAAAAAUUUGCCAUUAAAAUGUGAAGUUGAAGAACAAUGGGUUUUCAUUAACGGAUCUUGUGUCAAAUAUUUUUCAUCUCCACUUCCAUGGUCAUCAGCUCAGCGUGUGUGCAACUCAUCCCAAAGCUCUUUGGUCAAAGUCACCACUUCCGAACAAAUUUCUUUUAUAUGGGAUGAGGCCAAAGUUUCAUCUUCUGCUUCAUGGAUUGGAUUUCAGUUUAAUGCAGCCAAAAAGCGGUAUGAGUGGACUGAUGGAUCACCAACUAAUGUAUCUAUUCCUUGGUGGAGUGAGAAUCAGCCAGUAAAUGCCAGUACCAAUGCUUCUAGACUUUGUGGUGUAGUUGAUGGCAAUAACGAGAGACUUACAUCAUUGGGAACUCAGAACUGCAAUGUUUCUUAUCCUUUUACCUGCGAAAAACCUGAAGGUGUCUGUCCCGAUGGCUGGAUACGUCACCAAGAGAUGUGCUUCAAAUUCUUCACUAAUCAGAAAUUUUCAUGGACCCAAUCUAAAUUUUAUUGCUCUGCAAUGGGCGCAAAUAUAUUACAGAUUACUAGGCAAUCCUUUCAGAAUGUGAUCAAUUCUUAUUUUAAAGAGCUCAGAGCAUUGUUUGUUUCUUCUAUUUGGAUUGGAGCUUCAGAUGAUGGCUCUGGUCAACAAUUCAUCUGGUCAGAUGGUACAGAGAUAUCUUACACUAAUUGGGCACUCAAGCCUCCUGCCUCUGUAGCUGGUGUCAAAAGAUUUGGUUUCUUAAACACAAGUGAUGCUGAUGGAAAGUGGCAACUACAAGAUGGAAAAGCAGUCACCAGAAGAGCCUUUGCUUGUUCUAUUCCUACAAAUAAGCCACUUAGAGACUUGCCUUCUACCAACAAGUCACUUCUAUGUGAUGAAGGCUGGGAGGUUGCUGGGGACUCGUGUGUUUACAUUAGUGAUAAUGAUGCAACCUAUAUGGAGGCACAGCAGGCAUGUCUUAGCCUUAAAUCUCAGCUAGUGGUCAUCAACUCUCAGGACAUUCAUGGAUAUAUGACAAGCAGAAUUCAGACUGGAGCAUACUGGACAGGUCUCAAUGAUAGAAAUAGUGAGGGAAAAUUUCAAUGGUCAAAUAGCAUCAAACUGACAAUAACGUACUGGGCAGAUGGACAACCUGACAAUAAAGCAGAUGAAAACUGUGUCAUACUGAAACCAGUAUCUAGCAGUGUCAGGUGGUUUGAUGUCAAGUGUUCAGAUACAUACAGCUACAUUUGUCAGAAACCACCAGUAAAUGCCAAUGAUUCUAUUUUAACAACUACUGAAGUUAAAGGUCAGUAUAGUGCUAAAUGUGGAUCCAUGUGGGAAGAAAGAGCUGGGACAGACUGGUGCUAUCAGUUCAGGCUAACUAAAUUAACAUGGCAUGAUGCUAAUGACCUGUGCACCUUUUACAAUGGAUCAUUGGCCAGUAUUACCUCAAAGGAAGAACAGAGUUACUUUGAAGGUAUUAUUAGAUCUUACACAUCAGUGGUCUUCUGGAUUGGAGCCUCGGACAGAUCAAAAGAAGCUGGUUGGCAGUGGAUAGAUGGAAGCCCAUUAGCUUAUCUUAAUUGGGACAGAGGAGAACCAAACAAUUUAAAUGAUGAAGAUUGUGCUGGUAUUAAGAGCAACAACUACAGGUGGAAUGACUUCCCCUGCAACAUUCGAAACAGUUUUAUCUGCAAAAAAAGAGCUGAUUCUGUUGCAAUGUCAACUGUUAAAACUACACCAAGAUCUGUACCAUCUGGCCAAUACUUUGGAUGUCCACCUGGAUGGCUGACCUAUAAUUACAAGUGCUAUCUUAUAAGAACUGAUUCUGUCAAGUGGUUGGAAGCUGAGGCUGCAUGCAAAAAAGAAAGUUCAGAAUUGGCCAGUGUUCAUUCCAAGCAAGAAAAUGACUUCAUCUGGUCUCAACUUCCCAAAGAUAGUUGUGAAGACCUUCAUCUCAAUUCCACUGAGUGUGAUGUCUGGGUCAGGGCUAAUGAGUGUCAAAAGAACCCCCAGUGGAUGUUACAAAACUGUAAGAAGUCCUGCUCCUUCUGCAAUAAAGAUUGCCAUGACAAGUACACACAGAUACAGUGUCAGUACUGGGCCAGGGUUGGAGAGUGUACUAAAAAUUCUGCUUGGAUGUGGGCUAAUUGUGCUCAGUCUUGUGGCUGUAAUCAAGAUAUCAAUAAUGGCUAUUGGCUUGGUUUGAGUGAUCUUCAAAGUCAAAUGAGCUUUUCAUGGACAGACUAUUCAAGUGUUGUCUAUACUAACUGGCAAUUGAAUGAACCAAAUAAUUAUAUUGGAAAGAAUGAGGACUGCAUUCAAAUUCACUCUGUUACAGGUCAAUGGUCAGAUGAUAUUUGUGAUGUUCCUAGGACAGGGUAUGUGUGCAAGAAACCUUUGGACAUAUUAGAUAAACCAACUAUAGCACCCAAUCAGAUUGGUUGUCCAGCAAGAGGGUUUGGUUAUGGAAGUACAUGCUAUAUUAUAUAUGACACUCCUAGAUCAUGGUUAGAGGCUCAAGCAGACUGUAUUCAGAUCAAUGGACAAUUAGCUACUGUAUCAGAUAGUAUAACAAAUGCUUUUAUUACCUCGGAGCUGGUGAACAAAGAAAGCUCCUACUGGAUUGGCCUGUCUGACAAGAAUGGCACAUAUAUGUGGUCCAGUGGGUCAAUGUUACAAUACACUAUCUGGGCUCCCUCACACACAGGCAAUGAAUGGAACACUUGUGUGGCCAUAAGAUCACAAAGACCUGUUGGAUUGUGGGAAAACCUUCAGUGCCAGCAACAACAACCGUAUGUGUGUGAAACUCUUCGUCAAGGUUUUGUUAAGCCAGCCCCACCGACAGUUCCUUCAGCAACAUCAUUAGGGCCUUGCCCUCCACAAUGGAAUGGUCUCAAUGGCCUCUGCUAUCGUUAUUUUACUGAUAAAAAGACUUGGUUUGAAGCACAAGCCCGAUGUGAAACAUUUGGAGGCAAUUUGACAAGUAUUCAUAAUUCUGCAACUCAACAAUUUGUAAUAAGCUCAACAGUUUUGCAAUGGCGAAGUUUGCCUGCUUGGAUCGGAUUAUCUGAUGCUGUCAGCGAAUCUAAUUUUCAGUGGAUUGAUGGAUCAUCACUUAAUUUCUCUAAUUGGAAAUACGGAGAACCUAACAAUUCUACAGUGUUUGAAGAUUGUGUGGAGUUGGUACAGUACUCUGGAGGACAGUGGAAUGACAAUCACUGCUAUGUAGUGCAACCAUUCUUUUGCACCAUCCUUCAAGGUGCUACACUGCCUUCUGUAGUUCCAGCUCUAACACCUACACCUUCCACCAGCUGUGCAGAUCCUUCCUGGCAAUAUUUCAAUGGUUCCUGUUACUAUCUCAGUUCACAUGAUCCUAUGACUUGGUACCAAGCAAGACAAAAAUGUCUUUCAUCAGGCGGAGAUCUUGUCAGUAUACUGUCUGAAGAUGAAAAUAAUUUUUUGAUUACUUGGCUAAGUAGGACUGGAGGUUCACAGGUUUGGAUAGGUUUCAAUCAACUAGACCAGGAAGAAUAUGUCUGGUCUGAUGGUAUGCCCACUAAUUUUGUAGCCUGGGGUAGAGGUGAACCAAAUGAUGGUUAUGGUGCAGAACGCUGUGUGGAUUUAAGUGGUAGUAAUGGAUAUUGGAUUGAUGACAACUGUAACACUAAUUUUGGUUACAUCUGUAAAAAGUCAAACAACUCUAAUGCUGCUAUAGUUGUUACCCCUACACCUCUGAUUGAUGGAAACUGUCCUUAUGGAUUUGUCAGUGAAGUCAAAAGUAACAAAUGCUACUUUGUUGGUGGCUUGGGAAAUGACUUGAGCAAUGACCCAAAGCUAGGCUGGAUACAGGCCAGAGAUUUUUGUCGCAACCUUACAUCCCCCAAGCGUGUAGAUAUUGGAAGUAUUAACAGUCUUCAAGACCAAGAAACAAUCACAAUGCUCUUUUCUACUGUAAACUCUGACAUGUGGAUAGGCCUCAGUGACCUUGCCAAGCGCUACUCUUAUAGUUGGCAAGACAACUCUCAAUUCACAUACACCAACUGGGUGGCUAGUGAAUCACAACCUCCUUACAGUUAUUGGCAAUCAGGUAAUUGUGUAGCUAUGUUAAGAAACCCUAAAAAAGCAGAUGAUGUUGCUAAAUGGAAUAAAGACCAGUGUAGUAAGAAGAACGCUUAUCUGUGUCAAACAAUGAAAGCCCCUUCCUCAACAGUACCUAGCACCACAAGCUCAUCCUCAACUUGUCCUUCCGGCUACGUCCAAUACAAAAAUACAUGCUACCUGUUUGUGAGCCAGCCUCAAACCUGGGACUCUGCCAGAAGCAUGUGUCAGGCACAAGGAGGAGACCUAGCCUCAACACUGGACACUUUUGAAGUGGCCAGGGUGGAUUUAGGUUUAUACAACAGUGACAUUUCAGACCCAGCCUGGAUAGGCAUGAGAUACAGUAUGGACACACUUGUCUACUAUUGGACUGAUCACUGGCCAGUUCAGAGAACAUUUUGGUCAUCAGGGAAUCCUGAUCUACAAACAAAUAGCAGCUGUGUGGCUUUCUCAAAAGCUGAAUGGAAUGACACAAAUUGUGACCAGAAGUUACCUUACGUAUGUGAGAUAAGAAAAGAUACACCACCGCCAACAACGCCUGUUCCUCUGGGCCACUGUGCUAACAACACCAAGAGGUUUGGCGAUUACUGUUACCUAAUCAAGUUUCAAGAUCAGCUGUCCUGGCCAGAGGCUGCCUACACCUGUGGCCGACAAGGCAUGCAGCUUGCCAGCAUUCAUUCUGCAGAGGAGUUGCAGUUCCUGAGAGAUGAGAUUGACAAGUUAGAGACUGAGGCAUCCACAACUUAUUUCACUAGAACAAACUUUUGGAUUGGAUUGAACAGAGACAGUGCAGGUGGCUUUGGUUGGACAGACAACUCUCCUACAGUUUAUUUUAACUGGGCUCAAGGUGAGCCAUCACUCCAUGUGACUAACCAGUACUCCAACACAGUGACUGAGGAAGAAUGUGUGGAGAUGUAUCGAGAGUCUGGUCAGUGGAAUGACCUGUCCUGCAUUGGCAACAAGCAAGGUUACAUCUGCAAAACUAGUCCAGUCUACCCCACUACACUGUCUACAACCACUACAGUCCAGCCCACUGUCACUUACUCUGACCCUUUCCUGCUGGACAGUACACAACUCACAUCAUCAACAGCCAGCACCAGACAAGCUGUUUAUCACUUGCCCUCCACUCAGAAAUAUUCAGGAAGUAAUAAAUUAACUGGAGGACAGAUAGCAGGCACAGUGAUAGGAAUACUUGGAGCAUGCAUCAUAAUAGCUGCCAUUGUGUUUAUUGUCUGGAAAAGAUACCCAGUGGUGUUGAUUAGCAAGACUUCUGGCAGUGGUUAUGACAAUGCUUUAUUUGUUAAAGAUGAAAGUCUUGAAGUUGAUGUUGAACAUGACCAAAGUGAGAAUAAAGUGUCUCUUUCUCUGGAGGGCAGCACCGUCAAAUUAGGAAUUGAUAUUUAGUUGUUUUUUUUAACUAAGUCUACCAAGCUUGCAAGAACCUCAUUUACUCAAAGAAGUGAAUGACAAUAGGUUUAAAUACUACAGUUAACUCUUGAUAAUCUGACACACAGGGCAUCAGCUGCACAUGCAUGUUUUAAUAUUAUUGGCGUAGAAUGAUCUAAUACAAAUGUGUAAAUUCAUGUAAUUACAUGAAUUGUAUUCUAUAGUAAGUAUAUUUUUAGAAUGUAAAUUGUAAUUUAAUAAAGUAUGUGUAAGCUGAAGUCAUUUGUUUUGUAUUUUUAGAUCAAUAAAUGUUUCUUUUUCAUUUAUUUUUUAUUUGAAAAUUAAUUAUAUAUCAUAAAUAAGUUUAGAAUUUUCUUGACUUUUAAGGUUAAGUUCUUUUGAAGUACAGCUAACCUUUGGUAAUUCAAUGCUUUCAGUAAUCAGACAUCCUCCUAGCCCCUGUCAGACUGUCAAGAGUCAACUGUAGUUUCUAUUUUUUUUUUUUCUGAAUAAGGUUUAAGUCAAUAAAAAAGAGACAUUUAUAAGCAAAGAUCUUUAUUUAUAUUGAAUCUUUACAAACGCUACAAUAUACUGAACAUUUACACAAUUCCAUGUGGUCUUUUAAAGCUUGAAUUGAAUGUAUAUUAAGCAUACUCUAAUAUUAUACUAGAAUGACUGGGUUUGAAGUUCAGGGUAUUUGUGUUUUAAAUGGAAGUAUGUGUACUUUUGCUUUGAAAAAUAAUUAUCAAGUGAAUUAUCUCUGCUUUUAAAUUGUGUAUAUAUUAACAAAAUGUUAACAUUAAAAAAUAACAUGUAAGUAGCUUUCUUUUAAAAAAAAACAAAAAGAGCUGCGGUGCAAACUUAGAUGUCUAAAUUUUUCCUUUCUGUUCUCUGCUUAUAUAAAACAAUCACCGACUGAAGUCUUUGAUGCAAAAAAAAAAAUUUAUUUACUCACAUAUUAGAAGAAUGGUUGAUGUGAGGUAAAUGAUAGAAUGCUAUAAAAAACAAAAAAAUAUUUUCCUUACUUUGAUUUCUACUGAAUGCUAUAUGGAGUUGAGCUUUCCCCCCUCCAACUGGUGUUUGUUGUGUGUGUGUGUUUUUGGGCCAGCUGGAGAAAGAGAGAGAGAGAGUGCAUUAUGUGAUGAAUGGUUGCUUGCUUUGCUUUUUUUAAUAUAAACAUAUGCAAUUUGAUUGGAAUGAUUCUCCUGUUACUUUGUGAAAAUAAAAUCAUGUUGAUGUUAAA